AGUCAAUCAUCGUGCACCGAGAACUAUUUAUCAGCGUCUAAACAACACACCAAAAUCAUGGUUCGACUUCUAUCAGCUCUCAUCUUAGGAGCCCAGCUCAUCUCGACCGUGACGUCUCACUCAAUUCCUCAUUCUCGAGCAGGACAAUACCCUUACCCUGUACUCGGCACAGAUGAGCCAGCAGACUGGGCGACAACCGGCUAUUUCAUCAAUCAUUUCGCCAUAUAUACUAGAAAUCUCACUGCUAGUCUUGACUUCUACUCCAAAGUCCUCGGCUUCCGCAAGAUGUUUACCCUGCACGUCUCCAAAACAUACUCCAUCACCUACCUAGCUCACGCCCAUGGCGGCAAGAACGGAACAGGCUAUCAAACCGCCCUCGAGUUGAACCGCGAGAAGAAUAAUGCCCAGGGUCUUCUCGAGAUUUACUACCUCGAUAUUCCUACCAAGAACAUCGAGUCUAGCUCUCAGCACCCCAACACCUUUGCCCAUAUUGGGCUUGUUGUACCUGAUGCCCAGGCGAUACAAGAGCGUCUGGAGACGAUGUCCGAUGUAAAGAUUGUCAAGAAAUAUGGAGAGAAGUUUACUGAGCUCACUGACGAUCUUGUGAUUGGCCCAGCUGUUGGUUUGCCGCCAGCUGUUGUUGCUCAGUUGAGUCUGGAGGAGAGGGAAGCGAUUGUUCAAGGACUUGGACCUAGUGUCGAUCCGCUGAUCUUUAUUGUUGAUCCUGAUGGGAAUUUUAUUGAGAUUCAAGGUGAGGAGGGUGCUGAGUUGGUGCAGGGAUGAGUGUGAGUUGCACAAGAGUUGAAGAGAGUAGGGGGCAUGUGACUGGAAAAGGCGUGUGCAGGAUAGUUGGGUAGACAACAAGAUCCUGGGCUCCUUGUACUGUCGUUUCAGAAACAUAAACCAUUUACGCAAGAGUACAAUAAACCGUUUAUGGCCGCU